CGACACAGUUUUACGCAAGCCAUAAAGACGCGACACGUAAAUUAAUUGGAUGUAGAGAAUAUGUUGGUGGCAAAUAAAGAUCAGAAAACUAAACCCCAAAGGGUUCGCGGUAAUUACAAGAAUACUACAUGGGGUAUGCUUGGAUUCGUGUCCGCCGACAAGGAAGACGGCGACUCAAAGAAAUACCGUGCUCUCUGUCUUCACUGCAACAAAUACCAAUCAAACACGAGCAUUGACAGGCUUAUCAUCCACAGAAAGUCCUGCCCAAAGUUUAAAGCUGAUCUUACCGAGAAGCUUGCCAGUCUCUCAAAAAAAGACACGAGUUCAACGGAGGAACCUGCAAGUCCCCCAACCCCAGCACCGAUAUCGGAAACUAACGAUCCGAUCACUGUGAACCUGUUGGAUAAACUCCUAGUAGAGGAUGACAACGAUCGAAAUGUAGGAUCUAGCUUCGUCGGCUACCUCAAUGACUUGGAUCAGUUAGCUACCUUUCCGGCGUCCGAUGCAAAUCGACUGCAAAAGGACCUUCUUAAGGCUGAGACAGAUUACCUGGAGGCCAAGUCCGAAUACUUCACCAAGAUGAACGAGAUCUCCGAGCUGAAACGCACGGUCACAAUGUUAGAGGCGAAAAAGACCCAGCUGGAGAUUGUAAAGCUGAGAGCUGAGUGCGAGUAGUUACAACAAAUGUCUUAUGAUUUUAAAGUGUUCUGGAAAUCUUUUUCAGUUUUGGUUUAUCAAAUAGUUUAAUGUUUUAACUUAAAAAAAAAUUCUCUUCUUGUUUAAUAACUUUACUAGUAAAAUAUAAAUGCAUAUUCUUCUA